AUGUCUGCAUCAGAAGUACUCCAGGCUCGCAAUGAGACAACCAUCAGGCUAUAUGCAGACCCUCACAACCCCCACCUUCACCUUGAACGAGGCAUUCAGUAUGAAAAGCUAGGCUUUCCGGAUCUCGCCUCUGCAGAUGCAUACCGUGCACUGGCAUUACUAGAGUCGGUGGUGGAGCCAGAUGAGUGCGAAUUCCAUGCCAGGCGGAAGAUAGACCCUUCCCAGCAGGCACCCCAGAAAGCAGCGAAUGAGUCAGAUGAUGAAGACGAAGACGACAACACUGUGCCCAUCACCCAAGAGGAAUAUGAUGCUAUCAUUGAACAGGUGUACGUCCUUCUAGUACGCAGUCUCGUCCGCUGUGGCUGCUACCGCGAUGCAUUUGAAUUCGGCGUGCGCGGGUUAGCCCUACUCGAAAAGAGAUCUGCAACAGCAUCAUUAGUUGCUUUGAACGUGCAGAUGGAUCGCAUUAAGCAAAUCUACAAUUCUCGCUCUGGCUCUGGCUCAGAAACCGAAAACAUCGACCUGGACUCAAUCAAUCCCAGUGUCCUCCCUGCACAGGGCUUCGCCCGCCGUGUCCUCUAUCCCUGGAACGAACACGAGCCUGACCGAUGUUCGCCAGAGACCCUUAAGAUGCUCAACGAGCGACUAGCCUUCAUUGCACCGAAGUGUGAGGUCCGCGCGGUGGCCUUGCCAGUGCUGCAUGCCCCAGCAGACGACGACUCGUCCAGCAUGGAAGUCUCGGUGCAGCUCGGCCUCUUCGCAAAGGAAGAUAUCGCUCCAGAUGAGAUUAUCCUCCGCGAGUCUUCACUGCUCACAGCAACAAACCGUCUCCACGACGAUCUCUGCGACGCUUGCAACGCACCGCUCCCAGAACUGUACGCCGCCGAACCCCCUGUCGCCUGCGAGGGCGGCUGCGUCGACAUUAUCUUCUGCAGCCAGAAAUGCCACGACACGGCGCAGGAGGUGUAUCACGGUGCGAUCUGCGGUCUCGAGGAUGGCCUCGACUCUAUCGGGAAGGAUGUCCCCGAUCCCAAGGAUAAGGCCGAUUACCUGUACCUUCUUCUGCUUGGAAGAGCCCUCGCGAUGUCUGCCACACAGGACAAGCACGCGCUCGAGCUAUCCGAAGUGAAAUACAUCUGGGGCGAUUUCCACGACUUUAAUAUUGAGUCUGUCUCUGCAGAAGCAGAGACUACACCCACCACAGACGAUACCGCCACUCUGCCCUUCUCCUUCCAGCUCAAUGUCCUGCAGCCGGAGCGUUUCCUCGAUGAAAUGGGUCUGGAUCCCUAUGCGGUGCUCUACCGCUACGAUACUUGGGUUCUCAACACACUUUUUGCCAAGUUCCGCGGUACGGCAUCGGGCCGGCUGUCGACUUGGGAUGGAGGCCCGGAGCUGUGCGCUGUCCAUCCGCUGUGGUGUCUUGCAAACCACUCAUGUGAUCCAAAUGUGACCUGGGAAUGGAGUAGCGAGAUAAAUUUCCGCGCGCGGAGAGACGAUGAGACGGCUGUUUGGUCACGCGGACUUGAGAUGAAGGAGCUCCGGCCGGGGGGUAUUGCGAAGGACUCGGAGAUUUUAAAUCAUUAUUGUGAUAUUGGGUUGCCGGUUCAGAAGAGGAGAGAAUGGGCUUCUGGGGCUUUGGGGGGGACUUGUUUAUGUGAUAGGUGCGUUUGGGAGGCUGGGGAGGUUGAAUAG